UUUGCAAGACUUGCUAGCAGGAAAGGAGCACCGCUAACCCAGUGGCCAACUCGCGAGGCUUCGAUUACUGUGCGCACGGGUUCAUUCCAUACCGGUAAGCCGACUCAGCGAGACAACUUGUUACAGCCAUGAUCAAUUAACUCCUGGCACGAUACGAUGAGGACCCCGUCACCCCGGGAACCGCCACUCCAUUGUUUCAAGAGGAAAGCGAAGAACGCCCCGUGCAUCAGAAUUAGCAAAGAGAGUUUUGGCGGCAACUGAAUACAAAGUCGUCAAUACAACUCUUAAACGUACAGACGAUCGCAGGACUCGGGGGACAGCGCGUGUUAAUUUUGAUAUAGAUGUCAGGGAAAAUCGUUUUGAAUUUUUUUUUUUUAAAGGAUGUCAAAUUUCAUAGUAUUUGUUAUGCAUGAGCGUGUGCGAUUCAGCGAAAUUUUGGCAGCGUAACAACAUUGUCAGGUGUAUAGUGGAGCUGUUAUCUGAACUUACAUUUUGUGAUGAUCGCCCGGCAGGGACGUUUAAGUGAUUGAGUGUCCAAGAACAAUCACACCCUGUGUACUGUGCCUUUAGUGCUGAUACGUGACUCCGAUUCGAUAACAAUGGAGCGAAUACCUCGUGUAAUACUCAGUAUAGCGCUUGCUGCGCUUUUGCCCAUAGCGUCUCCCGAGACCCACCAAAGAGUUUCCAAGGAGAACAUUCCGCACUCUAGACAGAAGAGGAUACUUUGGAUAACAAAUGAUGGUCGCUUGGCUCUACCUCCAGGAACCACAAUGGCUAUUACACCAUCGAUAUCAAUGCCCUUCGUACGGCAUCCCCCGAAGGGGUUCCUCUCUAAUAUGACUGUCAGUUUUCCAUUCUCAAUUGAUUUCGACAAGUUAGGUUUGACGGACAAUGAGAAUCCCUAUGGGGAUCUGCCUCCUAUCUUUGCCAGAUCUAUGGGUAGAGCUGCAGCAUCAGCUAUGGCUGAAUAUGUAGGACAGUACCUAGACAACAGGAGAGGAAAGAGAUCUACAAAUGAACCAAUACCCCCAGAAACAGAGAGAAUGGUUCUUGACAAAUUUCAUGGAGGCGAAAGGGCCCUCAUGUAUGGCAUCGCUGAAGAUUUGUUGGCAAAUUUUGGACUCGACGGCAAGGAAUGUCUCCUGCGAGCUAUUUGUGAAGUCCAUGCACACCCACUAAGAAACUUUGGCUUUCUUGGCGAAGUUAUGAAAUUGUUUUUCAGUCCGAAUAAAUCUCCGUAUGCUGAGAUGUUAUCUGAAUACGUGGAGGCACAACGCGCCGGUGAAUCAGGGGGCGAAUGCUGGCCCUACUACCGUUUGUGCCCUAAGAGUUUCUUUCAACCCUCAAACAACAAAUAUUCAAAAGAUGCGGAAUCUUUCCACAGACGGCAGGAGCAAGAGAGCAACGAUAACAAAAUGAUGUUCAGAGCGAUGUAACAGUUUAGUGGUAGGCUCUCGACUUAUACUGGCUGAUCUUGUAGCAAUUCCCAAAAUGUAGUGUUAAUUUUCAACCAAAGUUGAUGCAAAUUUAGUCUAUUAUACGUAUUGAUUCAUUGGGCAAUGUUUGUGAUAAGCAUUUAUAUUGAGUUUUAUAUUUUUGUAAUUUUAAGUUACUUUCAGUUAUACAUAGGUUGAUGAUUUUUUUUUUAAGAUAAUUAAUAUAAUUAAACGGUUUUUAUUUUUAUGCCAUAUUUAUUAAAGUGCCAUUGAUUAAAGGAGAAAUGGAUUUUGUUGAUUUUACAAUGUUGGUAUUACUGAAUGAUAUAAUUUAUUAAUAGAUCUAUAAUUUGUUGCAUUUCUAUUUAAUUGUUUAGUCACAGUCCUAUUAGAUAAUAGAAUGACGUGGUUUUUUUG